AUGCCUCAGCGCAGCUGCCCCUAUCAAAGCCACCCAGAUGUCUGGGCAUACAAAGUCUCGAAUGAUAGCAAGGGCUUUAUGCAGAUCGAAUGUGAAACAUGCCUCGAGCCACUUCUACGCAACGGCAUCUACAGUGACGAAACUGUAUGGAGGCGGCUCCUCCAGUCGUUUGUCCCACUCGCGAGAUUGGUCGAGGUCUAUGGUCUGAGGAGCCCAAGUCCCUCACCUCCGCCCAUCCGCCAUGGCAGUCGUCUCUCCAGUCGCGCUGCAUCCAGUACCACAUCCUCCGCCCGGGAGUCGUCUAGUGACAGUGGCUACGCGGCGGAAAGCACUAUCUCGUCCGAUAAUAUGGAAUCUAUGCUCAGCGGAGAUUCUCUUGAAUCAAAGAGCGGUAUUGAAGGAGACGACUUUCAGCGACCCGACUGGAUGAUACAUCCAGAAAGGAGGAGGUUCACAGGAGUGCCUGGUAGCCGUGAGGAGCGCAGCCACGAACUGCCGCGGCAGCACAAGCGACGCCGAGACAUCAUGGAGGUUGAUUCUGCCAGCGAUGAGGAAAGUUCUACGGAGCCACAAGCAAGCGGUGGCCAUGGUGAGGGAGAUCAGUGGUUCCACGGACAGUACGGCAACAAGCGUUCGCGUACAGGUUAG